AUGUCUACUUUGAAGGCCCCCCAGCAGGGUCGUGCCCAUAGAAGGUCACCCAGUGACGAUCGGCGACAAGCAGCCGUUCUGAGCCCUUCCAAGAAAGGCCCGCUAGAAGAUGAGCCAGACUUGUCAUCGAGCACAGUGCCCCAAGCAGACAGAGACCGAUCAGUGUCACCACUUCCCCCUUCUCAGGCGCCUGCACAAGGCGUGGACCAGGUUCGCCAGAACAUAGUAGCAAUGAUCUGUCGCCCAGAAAUAUACCGACCCUUGCCCCCAAAUAUGAUCCCACAGGCCUUCCUCAGCUCUGUAAACGCAGCAAAGGCCGAUGCGUCGGUCGAGGAAUUGGUUGAACAGGGUCACUUUUAUGCAGCCGCCAUCAUGAGUGCAAGGCGCCUCGCAAACCUCUACGGCAAUGCGGAUCUUCUUACUGUCUUUAACCUCUUUUACACCCGUCUGGCAUGUCUCUCCUUGAUAAACAAUGCAUGUCUUGAAAUCGCCGCCGUGGAGUCGCUCGAACUGAGGGAUCUAACAGCGGCCAUGUACUUGGAUCCUAUCACGAACGAGCACAUUGUACCGUGGCAUCUUCGUGUCCUAGCAGUGCGGCUGCAGUCAAUCGGUUUCAAGGACUGGCGACGGGGAAUCAUGUCGUAUUACCUACUUGCGCAUGAUGCUCGCCAAAAUAUAGCAAAGGCACGCCAUAAGCCAGACCCUGAAAAUGAAAAGCUAUGGUCUGCUCGACUCCAUGAUCUCGGUAUUCGUGUAGCGAACAUGCUAGUCGAGAUGAGUGAUUUAGAUGCCGCGGGCCGGCAUCUGCGAACGCUGUUAUUGGAUGAAAGAGACGAAGCAGAGAAGAAGCGUCUUACAUUCAUGCAGAUCCUGGUUUGGCUACAGAUAGGUGAUCUGCGAGCAGCGCGACGGUGUCUCGCAACCUUAUAUGGAGCAUCGGUGCCGGUGGCUUCCCCUAGUCUAGAAGCUAUGGACUUGACAACGGAGGCAUCUGAGAGUUACACCGCACGUGUCCUCCAUGCCCUGACCCAUAUGGCGGAAGGCAACUUUUCGACUGCCGCAGAAGAGUGGUCAUCAAUCCAGGCAUCGUAUCCUGAAGACGACAUGAUCAGGCAGAACAAGGCCAUCUGCCUCUUGUACAUGGGACGUAUGCAUGAAGCACAUCGGUGUCUCGAGAAAGCGGUGGAAGAUGCUGCGGCUGCACCUUCCCACUCAUUGCUGUUCAACCUUUGCACUUUCUACGAACUUUCCAGUGACCGGGCGAGGGAGAUGAAAGGGAAGUUGGCCGAGAAAGUGGCGGAAAAGGAGCCCGCAAGCAGCGGUUGGCAGAGAAGCACUGCGGAUUUUAAAAUGGAGACUUUGAGAGCUUGA